UCCUCCUCCUCCUCCUCCCCACCUCUCUUUUCUGUUGACGUUUGGCUUUUGUGCCCGAUUUACUAAUUAUCAAAACCACCUUUCCUUUGCCGGACUUGAUUUUUUUUCUCGAUAGCGCAUGAACUGGUGUCGACUCGGUCAAGCGCAUUUCGAAAAUAAACGUUUAAAUCUGCAAAUAAACGGAAGAUAUUCACGCAGCAUCUUCAAGGUUUUGUUUCCUUUGUCACGGUGUGUUCCUGCGCUCAUCUGCGGAGGUUAUUUCCAUCGGUCUGUCUGCUCCCGUGCUGCUGUUUUCUCCCCACCUGGACAAAAUUCACCUCGACCCAAGCUGAAUUUGAUCUUUGAGCCUUGUGGUUUUCAAAUAAAUUUAGGUGUGCAUGUUAUGAUGCUAGGCUAACCGUCCGAAAUAGCUUACAGGCUGAUUUGGAUCAGCAGCUGUCUGGACUAUUCGAGAGUAUUUGCCUAGUUUUAAAUGUUCUACAGAGCUACUUCAGUUUAUCAGAGUGUGUUAUCCAUCUCGCGCGGUAAAUUAAUGGUUUGUAUUGUGGUUAGGCCCGUAGGCCGGCUUGUAUAACCCCUUAGUGUUUUGCAUAUCUGGCUGAGGGAGCUUGAUGAUUGGUUGACCAAUUACCAGCCCCUGAGCUGCUGCUGUGUUGGGUUUUGAUUAAAGUGAGUCGUCAGUUCAAUUAACGGGUGCAAGUUCAAGCAGUGGAGAGAUAACAGCAAAAUGUUUCGCUACUUGAAUGAUGUGGAUGAUAACCCAUACAUGAUGGAUCCAUUCGCAGCACACAGGCACCAGAUGAGGAGUCUCUUUGGGUCAUUUGGCAUGGAUCCUUAUCCUCUCACCCCUCAGAUACAGCAUCCGCGUACAUGCAUGCAGCCACAGGUUGGAGCCCUCUCCCCCUUCGGCAUGAUGGGAAUGGGUGGAGGGUUCAUGGACAUGUUCAGCAUGAUGAGUGGAAUGAUGGAUAACGUGGAACGAAUCUCUGGUUCUCCAAACUGCCAGACCUUCUCCUCCUCCACAGUCAUCUCAUACUCCUCCACAGACCCAGGAACACCGCAAGUCUAUCAGCAGACCAGUGAACUGCGCACUGCUCCCGGGGGUAUCAGAGAGACACGUCAAACAAUGCGGGACAGUGAGAGUGGCCUGGAGCGAAUGGCUAUAGGGCAUCACAUCGGCGAGAGAGGUCAUGUGAUGGAACGUUCAAGGAACCGACACACCGGUGACCGUGAAGAGAGACAGGACUUCUUCAACCUGGAGGAGAGUGAGGCAGAUGCCUUUAAUGAUGAAUGGAGGAGGGAGGUGGGGCGAUACCGCCCCCCUAAUGCCCGUAGUUUAGAUUAUGGGCGUGACCGGAGUGGAGGGGUAGGACAGCAGCUGGCCCUUACAGCACCUCCAAGCUCUUCCUCCUCUCCCUCACCCCGCCACGAGUCACCACGCCACCAUCCUCCCCACUCCCGCCCCGCUACGACUGGUGAGAGGUCGUUGAGAAGUUGAAUUGGAGGAAUCUACAUGAUGCUGUGAAAAAUGAGAAGGGAUAAAAAUAAAAAAAAAAGAUAAUUAGAACUGCUGGGUCAAAUGUUUGAUAGAUAUGAACUGUCUCGAUAUGUGUAGUUCGCUCCUUACAGGGCAGAGUGCUGGCAUGGAGUAUCAUAACACAGGCUAAAAUUAUUAGACUGCAUCUAUGUUGUGUGGAAUUUUGCCCGGCCUGUGUACUUUAUACCAAGUUACUUGUCCCAAAGCAUACGCACCAGCAUUCAUCAUAACUCAAACAACUCUUCUACCUUGUGAUAAUAUACACACACAUAAACACACACACACAAAUCUUUGUAUUUAAGAGAAUUGUCAUGCUUCCAAUAUUUCAGUAUCCAAAUAUUUAAUAAUACACUACACAUGCAUAUGCAUUUACACACAUUCACUGUAAAGUCCAUAUAUGUUUGUGUUGACACUAGGGUAUCUGUGGGUUAACUGUAAAAUGCUGACUAAUUAAGCUUAUAAACUAAUAAAAAAAGACAUUGUUACAUCAUUGGCUGUCUCAUCACAUACUGUAUGUCACAAUUAUGUCUUGAUAUAUGCCAGUCUGCUUGGUACGCCCACUGUGGCUGGUUAAAAAUAAAGUGUCUCCCCUGAAGAUAUUUUUAAAAUA